CAGGACGGGGUCUGGAGUCGGGGCCGCGCUCAGCAGAUAAAUAGCAGCCUUAUCUUAUUUCUUUUUUUCCCGGUUCUCAUUCAUUGGUACCGGAGGGACGGCGCCGGGCACCGGGAGGCUGCUGAGCCGCUGCUCGGCUUCACAGGACUGCUUUGGAGAAUAUGGAUGAGACUCAUCAGUAGCACUUGAUGAAUAUUUUGAGCGACUGUUCAAACUGAAUUAUGGAGGGCAGCAAUGAUGUGUCUGGACCCAUGACACAGCCGCAGACUGACAAGUGCAGCGCAGAGGUCAGAGGAAGAGAAGUCCGUUGUAAAGUGGACGAUGGAGCGAUGGCACUCGCUCCCAGUGACUCCUGUGGCGGCACAGGACUGACCAAAGGAGGCCUCUCUAACCUGGUGGAGCCUCCUGCACCGUCGGUGGUGACUCCCACCGCUGAAUCUCCAGGAGGCGUGUCGCUGAAAGUUUCCACAACUGUGCUGCACCCAAUGUGUCUGGGAGAGAGCCCACUGAUGCUGCCCAUUCACCUCCAGAUGGCCGGAGCAGCCGGGUCCCAGCUCAGCCAAAUGGGGGCAGCACCGUACUUGAUAACAAGCCAAAGCCCCGUUUCACUUCCCCUGGUCCUGGAUCAGCAGGUCCUCCAGCACAUGAGUCCCUCUGUCAUUCCUCAGACCGCUAACUGUCCGCAGCUGCCGCUCCAUAACAGCAUCCUAUGUCAGAAUCCUUUGACGUUUGGUUUACCUCCAGGUGUUGACCAGAAGUCAGCAGGACAGACGCAGGAUGCUAACCUGCUCUCUCUCCUCCAGAAUCCAGCUUUUGCAGCCAUCUUACAGGACCUCUUCUCUUCACAGGCCGGUUCAUCCACCUGUCAGUCACCAGGCUCUACCUUCUUCCCCCUCCCUCCGCUCACAUCCCCCUACACCUCCCCUCUGGCCCCAUUGGUCCCUCCUGCCACACUUCUCGUCCCCUACCCCGUCAUCAUCCCUCUGCCAGUGCCUCUGCCCAUCCCACUCCCCAUCCCCAUCCCUGUCCCUCAGACUGAGGAUUUAAAGGGGAACAUGCCAAAACCAGUUUGCACAGUGAGUAAAAGUACUCAGACUUCUCCAAAAGACACUACCUCUCCUUCGGUGUUGUCAAGCAGAUACCUGCCCCUGUUGCAGCCACAAAAUGUGUCCCUGUCCUCACUUCCUGUAGAAGAAGGACAGGUGUUAGAUCUGUCGGUCAGGGCAUGUCCAGUUGAGCCAAAACAGGAAUUUCCCAUCGUGCAGCAGGACAGUGUGCUUGACCUGUCAGUGCCUGGUGUGAGGAAAAAGUGUGUUCAGUCGUGCAACUCCAGUGGCUCACUAGGACGAGACAGAGAAUUAGCUUUCCAGUCCAGUCAGGAUACAAGUGGUACUUCACUGUCUGUUGAAUGCACUCAGAGUUUAGAUUCCAAACUCCUGGGCAGUCUGGCCUCACUGGAGUUCAGCCGGCAGCACAAGUGGCUGGUGGAGAGCAGCUCCGGUGGGCCGGGCUCCCUGGGUCAGGAGGCGUCGCUCAGCGGGGCCGGAAACCUCGAGAUUGUCAGCACCUCACAGACGGCCAAGGUCAUUGUCUCUGUGAAGGACGCCAUCCCUGCCAUCCUGUGCGGGAAGAUAAAAGGUCUCUCAGGAGUCUCCACCAAGAACUUCUCCAUCAAACGGGACGGCAGCAAGGUGCCGUCUCUGCAGCAGCUCUACGGAGUGCCGUCGGCGUCCCAGGGAGAACAGCACGACCCCAACGACCCUCUGAAAAAGGUCCCUAAAAACAGAGCUAUCAAAUUGAAGAAGGUCAGCUCGCAGGAGAUCCACUUCCUCCCCAUCAAGAAGCAGCGACUGGCGGCGCUGCUCCCCAGGAAGUGAGAGCGCUCGGCAGAGGGGGAUUAAUUGCCUUGCCUCUCUCUGGUGAUGCCUCCGGAGCGAGUAACAUAAAACACAUGUGGGGACAUCGGUGAUCAAUCUUACACACUUAAAUGUCCAAUCAAAGCUCGGAGUUUGGCUGUUUCUGAAGGUGCGGCUCAUGAAUGUCUGACAGCGCGACACAGAGGUUCCAGAGAAAACUGCUGUGUCGUUCUGUAAUGCACUACUCCACAGUGUUACCCUAAACCAGAAACCUUUUUUUCCUGUAUGGCAGCUUAAUGGGCUCUCUGCGUAGCUUUGGAGUUUCUCGUUAUAAAUCAGAGAUGUGAAAGAACAGUUCUGACUUUAUAAUUACAACAAAGACACAUGGGUUCCAUUUUUCCAUUUCGCCUCAUGGUUUGUCUCCAUGUGUCAUUUUUCUUUAAGUGCACUGACGUUCUUGCCGCUCGGAGCAGAGCGGAAUCCACUGGCAGGACGUGACCCAGACUGUUAAACUGUGCGCAAUCGUCGGAAAUUUUCAAAGUAAUCAUCAGUAGCUCGUCGGAGCGAUUCGGUCCUCUCUGAUUGGCUGAGGGUUUUUAGCAUGACAGGUUAAUAAGGACUUGGAGAGGCCACGUUAAAAUGAGCGCUGGCAACUGUCGCAACAAAACACAUUCUUACUUUGUGGAACAGCAGGAAAAAAAGGGAUGUCUUAAUUCUUUUCAGAUUUAAACAACUGCCUAAAUAUGAGGAAAAUGUUUCUGGAAAGUUUUUUUUGGUUCCAGUUGCUGGAUGAAUUUGCCUCACAGCAAGUGUAUAAAGCACUGUAAUCCCCUGCUCUCUCCACUAACUUAUUAAGUGAAUCUAAGUGAAGCUUGUGGACUGAUUAAAACCAAUUUAAAAUGUGAAGGGGAGAUGAAGUAGAAGGGGACAGAAGAAAUAAUGUUGAGAGAAAAUACUGUUCAUAUAUUUGUGAAAGUGUGUGUUAGAAACAGUACGGGAGAGACUCCAUCCCCCCUUUAUCAAACAUGUUGGUGUAAAACUUUUGUUCCAAGUAGUUAAUUGUCAUUUUGAUUGAUUUGUGCAGCACAGUGUUUUUUUUUUUUCAACUGUCCCAUGAUAAUGAUCAGAGUAGUGAAUGUGGAGCGUGUUGUCGUGUGUCCCUUGAGUUUUCCUACUGAGUGCACUUUGUCAUAGUUUAGUUUGAAAAGUUACAGGGUGUCCAACCUUUUCUGCUCAGACUGUUGCCCCUUUGUGAUUUACAGCAUUUAUGAAAAUCUGUGAUUUACAGGCCAGGAACUAAUAACAGCCAUAUGCAGACUGUCUGCAUGAAGAGAGAGGAGGUGGAAAAACACAUGAAGCUCCACUUUAUACCACUUCUUAUUUAUGUUGAUGUAACUUAGGAGGAACAGUGCAUCUUUCUUUGACUAAUGUCAAAGCUCUUUUUCUCACCGUGAACUAGUUUGACAAUGUUGUACAGGACCUUAAUUUAUUGUUUGUACAACCUUUAUUUAUACAGCAUGUGUAAAUACCUGAUGGUCAGUUAGGAGACAAAGUGUGAAAGGAUGUCAGUGUCCGUCUCCUGCAGCAGCUGUUGUUUCAGUUCGGACGUUGGUGAAGAAGCUGUUGAACUAUUGGCAGUUCAAUGUUUGCUCACUGUACAGUUUGUGUGCUUUUUUAUAUUGAAGUGAACUAAAAUGUCCAAGGUCUA